AUGUUUUCAAGGCCCCGAAAGGGUUCUCAAGCCCCGAGAAAUGUCUUCAAGGCUCCAUGGAAGGUCUUCAAAGCCGAAGAAGGUCUUGAAGAAUCCGAGGAAGGUCUACAAGGCCCCAAGGAAGAUCCUCAAGGCCCCGAGGAAAGUUUUCAAUGCCUCAGGGAAGGUCUUCGAGGCCCCAAGGAAGAUCCUCAAGGCCCCGAGGAAGGUUUUCAAGGCUUCAAGGAAGGUCUUCGAGGCUCCAAGGAAGGUCUUCAAGGCCCCAAGGAAAGUCUUCAAGCCCCGAGGAAGGAUCUCAAAGGAGGGCUGCUCCGAAACCCACAAAAGAGCAGCACCCAAAAUGGUGCGUCGACGUCGUCGUUGUCGCUCGAAAGAGUCGUAAUCUUCGAGGGAUUCUUCAACGAUAUCCUGGACGAGUACUUCCACUUCGAGCAUCAGCAUGUGCACAAACGCUCGGUGAACCCCUCGGCACACCACCAGAAACGCCUGGAGUUAGAUGACCGGGUUCGGUGGGCUCAACAACAGCGGGCCAAACGGAGAACCAAGCGGGACUUUCGGCCCCUAAAAGCACCCUUUCUGAUACAGCUCAACGAUCCAAAAUGGCCCGAAAUGUGGUACCUGAACCGAGGUAAUGGGCUGGACAUGAAUGUGAUACCGGCGUGGCGGGAAGGCGUCACCGGAAAGGGCGUCGUCGUCACCAUUCUGGACGAUGGCCUGGAGUCGGACCACCCCGAUUUGGAACACAAUUACGAUCCGAAGGCAUCAUUCGACGUGAACGGAAACGACGGGGAUCCGAUGCCACACUACGACCUAACGGAUUCGAACCGGCACGGGACCCGCUGCGCCGGAGAAGUAGCUGCGACGGCCAAUAACUCCCUGUGCACGGUGGGAAUCGCGUACGGAGCCAAGGUCGGCGGGGUCCGGAUGCUCGACGGGGACGUUACCGAUGUGGUCGAGGCCAAAUCGUUGGGUCUCAACUCGCAGCACAUCGACAUCUACAGUGCCUCCUGGGGUCCGGAUGACGACGGCAAAACGGUGGACGGGCCAGGCGAUAUGGCCACUCGUGCCUUCAUCGAGGGCGUCCGGAAGGGGCGCGGCGGAAAGGGUUCCAUCUUUAUCUGGGCCUCCGGAAACGGAGGACGGGAGCACGAUAAUUGCAACUGUGAUGGAUACACCAACUCCAUCUGGACCCUUUCGAUUUCGAGCGCUUCCCAGGAAGGACUGGUGCCUUGGUUUUCGGAAAUGUGCAGCUCAACGCUAGCGACGACCUAUAGCAGUGGAAACACAAACGAGAAGCAGAUCAUCACCACGGAUUUGCACCAUUCCUGUACGGCAUCCCAUACGGGGACAUCUGCUUCCGCACCGCUGGCUGCCGGAAUUGCGGCACUAGUUCUGGAAGCAAAUAGGAAUCUAACCUGGCGGGACUUGCAACACAUAGUUGUCCGGACGGCAAAGCCCGGUAAUUUGAAAGAUCCGACGUGGUCAAAAAACGGCGUCGGCCGUCGGGUAUCGCAUUCGUUCGGCUACGGGCUCAUGGAUGCUGCCGGCAUGGUCCGGCUGGCUCGAACCUGGAAAACCGUUCCGGAACAGCAGGUCUGCGAAAUCAACGCGCCCCAUCUGGAUAAACAAAUCCCGCCCCGGACCAAGGUCGUUCUGCAGCUGACCGUGGAACACUGCAAGGGAGUCAACUAUCUGGAGCAUGUACAGGCCAAAAUAACGCUGACCUCGCAGCGCCGAGGGGAUAUUCAAAUUUUCCUGACGUCCCCGUCGGGCACCCGGGUAACGCUGCUGACGCCAAGACCCCACGAUCUGUCCCGUUCCGGUUUCAACCAGUGGCCAUUCAUGUCGGUGCACACAUGGGGCGAAGCACCCCACGGAACCUGGCAGCUGGAGAUCCACAACGAGGGCCGACUACUAGGUUACUCGCUAAUUCGCGGUUGGUCUCUGAUUUUGUACGGGACCAGCAUUCCGCCGGAUCCGAAUGACCCCCCGAAUGUGCCGCGAAUUUUCUCCACCCUAGCCGUGCCUCUGCCGCCGAUUAUUCCCUACAAUGGCUAUUCGAAAAACUAUUAUUCGAUCGCGAAACCGAACCGGAAACAGCAGCAGCAAUUGCAGUAUUCAACUUUCACGCCCAGCAGCGGUGGUCAGUAUGGGGGAUUGACUACCGUUUAUCAGCAACAGGCUACGCCCCCGCGGAAAAAUAAUAAAAACAAAAACAAGGGUGGGAAGAAUUCCUCAAAAACUACGACGGCGAGGCCAGCGACGACGUUGAACUUUUUGAACUCCUACGGAAAUGGGAAAAAGUAUGAAUACAAUACCGGGAAUAGGAAAAAUCAAACACCGAAACCGAAACCAAGUUCAUCGGGUUCAAAUUUGGGUAAAAAUAUUUACGAAAAACAAGUUGCUAUUAAGGCUCCCAAACAGGUCAAACCGGAUCCAAAUUACCAAGCCCCUUCAAGACCCUUUUCCCGGAAACCUUCGUCAAGUACUGUGCCCACGAACGUUCCCACGACUACAGUCGCCAACAACACCGGAACCAGUGGAUCGUCCAGUUACACCUCAUCGUCAACCGGAACCACCCCCUUAACAACGACCUCCCCCUUCCUAAACGAACGUCUCUCCACGACCAACGCCCGAAUCCCCAAGCUCUUCCAGCAGUACGAAAAAAUCCAACAGUUCUAUCCGGAACUCAAACCUUAUUCCUCUAUCAGGGACGAUCUCGAACUCAGACCCAUCAAACCGGUCAUCGGAACCGGAAGCGGAACAAGUCAACCACAGCAGCAACAAACAAUCACCGGAAUCACAAACGGAUCGACCGGAAGUUCCGGUUCAACUGGGGCCAGUGGGAAGCCUUCGAGGGCCAAUACCAAGAUCUUUUUUCCCGAUACGGACAUCAUCGAUGCCAUUGGACCGAGGAAGAUUUCUUCCUCGCUGCAGCCGAUCCAAUCGUUCUAUGGGCGAACGCAGAAUUCGCAGUUUGUGUCCACCAGCAGUGCCACCGGGCCGAAAAGUGGCAAAGCUCAAAUAACCCAGUGGAACCUGAUCUUCUACGGGACGGAAGUGCCGGCCCAGCCGGAUGAUCCGGAACGGCUGGGGAAGCCGGGCCUGGCCGAUAACAGCAACUAUGGCGGCGAAAUCGAACACAACUCGCUCGAGUUUGACAAGGGCAUCAGCGACCAGUGGCGGAAUGUGCAACAGGAUUGGGAGAGCGCUCGAUCUUCUGGUUCUAUCAAUGACUCUGGCUUUCUCGAGAUCCAUCGUGUGGCCUUCAUCAAUGAUAUGAGCCAGAAGAGCGGUACAGUUCUCUCUCAUGCUCGCUUUCUCGGUGUUCGUUUGGGUGGAAUCCCGUGUAGAUAG